CUGAUCGAUGGCCUAGGCCUGUCGCUCUACCGGCUGGUCUUGCUCGCCAUGUCAGUUGGCUCGGUGGUCAAGCAAAACAUCUGGGUCACAACACUAUCUAGGGACCCGAUGACAGUAGGUGCGGCGGUUGCGAUAGCGAUGAUCAAUGCGGUUUCGAAUAGUCUGAGCACAUAUUCCUCUGUCACUUCUAUUUCGUCGGCCUCGACCGAAGCGGGCUUUCCACAGCCGGCACUGCUUAUUGGGAGCACGAUUUACGUAGUUGGCAUCUUGACGGAGCUUGUUGCGGGGAUUCAGCGCGAACAAUUUAAAGCCGAUCCAAACAACAAGGGUAAGAUGUGUACGGGGAGCCUGUGGAGUUUGGCGCGGUACAUCAACUACUGAGGAUACACGAUGUGGAGAGCCGGAUAUGCAAUGGCUGGAGGAGGAUACGGGAUGGGUGUCUUGGUCGCAGCCUUUUGGGCCUGGGAUUUCAGCAAGCGGGCUAUUCCCGUUUUGAGCGAGUAUUGCGAGAAGCGGUAC